AUGAGCCACGACGAGCUGCGAGGCACAGACACUGAUGACCAUGACGGCAGGAGGCGCAAAGUACGAUGCAACGAGCACCGCCCGCGCUGUUCUCACUGCGAGCGCUUGAAUCUUGACUGUACUUGGCACCGUCCAGCUCCCGCGCGGAGCAGCAGCAUCUCGCAUCCCUCCCGCUCGCUCGUGACCAGUGCUGCCCAUGGCCAGCAUCCGUCCUUUGCCUCGGCCUCGCUGCCGCUGGAUGCCUAUGGCUACAGCCUCGACAUUUCCGGCCCGCUCAGCAUGGGCGUCUGGGACGAAGCCAUGCUGCUGAGCCCGAGUGCGUGGCCCACUGACGCCAUGCCCGCGGCCGACUCCAUCUACCAACUCCACGAUGCCCAUCAGUCCGCAGGCCCGCUGGUCGAAGUCGCUCCCGCCGUCAGAAGCCAGCCGCGCCACUACCGGCCCGACGCAGAGUGCACGUCGUCGCCCUUUUCCACCGAGAGCGCGCCCAACGGGCACGCCGUCGAAGAGCUGCUGCUCAACUCGUUUCUCCAGAUGCUCAUGCCCCCUAUCCUGACGCCCGUAGAGAUCGGCCCAAAGUGGUCCUCUACGCGCGCCUUCUUCGCCACCAUGGCAGCCGAAUCGCCCCUCGUCAAGAGUGCAAUCAUGGCUUUUGCCGCCAUGCAGAUGCAGCGCGGCGGCCUGGGCGGAGACGCUGCAAAGGUCGACUGGAGACUGCUCUACGACAAGGCCUUCAGCCGCCUGCCUAGCCGCUCCGCAGAAGCACGACCCGCUGACAAGGCUGACGGGGCCUCCAGCCAUGGGCUCAGACAUGUGCUCGCUGCCCUCUUUCUGCUGACGUACAUUGAUCUGUUGACAGAAACCCUCACCAGAGCGCAUGCCAACCUCCGAGAAGCCUACAACCUUAUUCAAAACGCAGAGUCCAAGACCUUUUCGCUUCCUGAGCGUCGCUUGAUCUCCUGGCUGCGUCUCCUCGAUGCACGCGCCGUAUCGACAGCUGGGGGCGAGGGACUGUUUCUCGCAGAAACAGACGAAUCCCUCUUCGAUGCCUCGCCUGCCGCCAUCCCCGGCUUGGAGCCAGAGACGUCUGACCUUGAGAUUGAGGACAUCCUUUUUGACGUCUUGUACAGACCCGGCAUCGUCUUUUUUCACAAGAUCCACUCUGUUGCUGGCCGCAUCACACGCAUCGAUCCCUGGCAUCGUAGUCGUGGUACUGUCGAAGACGAGACAGAGGUCAUGGCACUGGCUGCCCAGAUUUCAAAGGACUUGCACACCAUUUACAGCCAACGUCCAAUAUUGAUGGAUCACGCCAUAGCCGGAAACCUGACUGAAAAGCAUCUGGCUAAGAACCUGGCACGCGCACUCACCCAAGGGUUUCGCACAUACCUAUGUAAUUACUACGCUUCCUUCCUGCAUCUCCACCGCGUUGCAUAUGUUCAAUACCCCAAAACCCAAGAUGUCAUUGACGCUGUUGCAAACAUCAAGCGCUUGUGCCAUCUCAUGACGCAGUCCGAUGAGCGUCUGCCGGUAAAUGUGUUGUGGCCGCUUUUUAUGGCAGGCUGUGAGGAAGAGGAUGUCGAAGAGCGAAAGUGGAUUCUUGAAGCAAUACGGGGACUUGGCGUAGCCACAAAUGCAAAGGCUACAGCUGACCUGCUUGAAGAAGUACAACGGCGACAGGAUGAGAGUCAGAAGAGGGUAGACGCUCGGCUCUGUAGUUCGCAGUUUUUUUCAUCGCCUGACCAUUUUGCAAUUGUAUGA